CGGAGUUUUUGGGUGGUUGACUUGUUGGGUUAGAUUUUGGUUUUACCGAUUUCGUUCGCCACUUCGCGUCUCGCACUCUCACUCGCCGGGCAGCAUCUCGACCCCUCAGCUCCCUGCGCCUCUUCUUCCAAGAUGGAAUUCUUGGACGAAGAAAGUAGGCCAAGGUUUCUUUUCCAAUCUCGCGUUUCCUCGUCUUCAACCUCCGCUCCCGAAAUCCAAAAAUUCAAUAAGCCUUUAAUUUUCGUCUGCGCUUCGAUUUCGUCUCUCCUCUCCGCUCACGCUUUCUUCUUCCUUCAGUCCGAAAUCCUUAGAUUUAUUCUAAUCUGGUUUGCGCUGUCUCUUCUCGUUGGCCCGUUUGCCCCGAUUGCCAUUACCGGCGGCGACGUUCGCGUCGGUAAUGGCGAGCUUCUCGAACCGUCACCGGAUCCCGAUCAGACGCUCGAACUUGACGAGCCAAAGAAAAGAUUACCUAGCAAUCGUAGACAGAAAGCCAGGAGAUCUGAGGAUUCGGUCUUGAAUUCGCCGUUGCCGGUGGUGGAAACUGUUAGCAAUUCAGAAGAAGUGGAGAAGAAGAGUGGAAGUUCUGUCUGUAAUGAUAAUGGAUCCGUGAUCGAGGAAGAAAAGGAGUGGACCGAUGAGGAUUACGAUUUGCUGAAGAAACAGAUGUCAAAGCACCCCGUUGGAGCGCCGAGACGGUGGGAGUUGAUUGCUGAGGCUUUUCGAGGGCGGCAUGGAUUGGACAGUGUGAUAAAGACAGCGAAAUCGUUGUCCGAGAAGAAACCAGGUGGUGGGGAUUCCUUCUCGCAGUUUCUGAAGCAGCGGAAACCUUUGGACAAGCGGAUCCAAGCCGUUGAUGGAGAAAUUCCGAGUGGCUCAACGGAUUGUGUCGAGGCUAAGAAAGAGGGCGGGGGUUCAAAUUGGAGCUCUGGAGAAGAUAUUGCUCUCCUCCAUGCUCUCAAGGUAUUUCCAAAAGAUGUUUCAAUGAGAUGGGAGAAGAUCGCAGCUGCGGUUCCGGGUAAAUCUAAGGCCUGUUGUAUGAAGAGGGUUACCGAGUUAAAAAGAGAAUUUCGUAACUCAAAGGUUUCUACAGAGUCGUAGACGAGAGUAUUAACAACUGGGGGGUUUCAAUUGCUUUCAUUUCUUCAGAAACAUUGACAAGGUAAUUGUUGUAUCAAUACCUGCGAUUAGGUUUUUCCCACAAUCAAAUGUUUUCUAUCUUUUACAUUUACAGGAAGGCUUAUGUGUCUGAAUUUUGGAUUUCAACUUCAUUGAUACUGUUCUAUUAAUCAGAGAGUGGACAUUAACAAGUGUAAACCAUACCACCCGGUUCAUAUCAUGUUAUGACUUGUAAAGAGAGAACCACUGUGAUUGCAUUCAUAAGUUGAUUCAAUAAAAUUUUCCUGUGCGAAUCAUUGUUCA